CUUUUGUUGUUAUCUGUAGGUGAAUCUGAGACUCAGGGACAAUCUGGAUUCUUUGAAAACUUUCCGAAGCCACCGAAACUACCGACAGCGGCAGAGAUUCUACAGAAACUGCCCGAUGGUCCGCCUAAGCUUCCCGACCUCUCGGAGGUCAUGGAUAAGUUACCCAGAGCCGCUGAUAUGUUGAAAAAGUUGCCAAAAGCGCGAGAAGUCAUCAAGAAGUUGCCAAAGCUGCCAGAUUUUCCGGACCCUCCAGAUUUAAAGAAAUUCAUAACAAACAAACUGAAGUAUAAUCCAGAUGUGUCAGCUAUCCAGCCCGGGAUCCCACCUUUCUGUGACGGACUAAUUUUAUCACCAGAGGACAGUUUCCUUCGUGAAGUCUGCAGAAAACUAGUGGGAGUGGACGUUUGUUAUGACGGGCUCGGUUGCUUCACGACGGACCCCCCAUGGUCGCUGACAUUGGAACGUCCCAUCGCCUCACUGCCUCGGCCACCAGAUGAAAUACAGGUCCAGUUCCUCCUGAGAACCCGUAACACCCCGAGUACAGGAGUGUUUCUUCGGGCAGGGGACCGGGCAGCGCUGGCGGCGUCGGACUUCAUCGGCUCCCGCCCGACCAAGUUCAUCACUCACGGCUUCAUCGAGAAUGGCUUCGUCGACUGGAUCACGGAGAUGUCUCAGGAGAUUCUCCGUGCGGACGACUGUAACGUGAUCGCCGUGGACUGGGGCAGUAAUGGCGGCUCGAUGUUCCCGUACACCCAGGCCACAGCCAACACUCAGAUCGUCGGGGCAAUCGUCGCGCAGAUGGUCGCGUUCCUUAUGCAAGAGACAGGAAACUCAGCUAGCUCCUACCACCUGAUUGGGCACAGUCUGGGGUCUCACACCAUGGGGUAUGCAGGGAUGAGGAUACCCGGUCUCGGCAGGAUCACAGGACUGGACCCGGCCGAGCCGUACUUCCAGGGCACGGAUCCCAUGAUCCGUCUGGACCCGACUGAUGCUGAACUAGUUGACAUCAUCCACUCAGACGGAGGCUUCUUCUUCACAAGUCUAGGUUACGGUAUGUACGAUCCGACCGGCCAUCUUGAUUUCUACCCAAACGGUGGCAUCGAAAUGCCCGGAUGUGACGAAGGGCUAACCACCUACAUCGACAUGAAUGGGGGAGUUUACGAAGGCGGCCGAGAGUACGUGGCGUGCAACCACCUAAAGGCCAUCUCCUACUUCCACGACUCCAUCAACUCCAUCUGCCCCAUGAUGGCGUACCCUUGUCGCGAUUACGACAGGUUUGAAGACGGACACUGCCUAGACUGUAGCCAGGGCGGCUGUGCACAGAUGGGUUACCAUGCCGACAAGUACAAACCUGCCCCUGGCGUCACCAACCUCAAAUACUACCUCGACACGGCAGCUAGAUCUCCUACUUGUCUCUACCACUACCAGAUAAUGAUCACAUUGGGAACAGACCGCGAUGCUGAAGAGCUGGAUGGAUUCCUCCACCUGUCUUUCGUCACACAGACAGGUACAGUUACGGAGUACUACAAACUCACAGAGGAUCCGAUCAAGCUCCAGCCCGGAAACAGCUACCUCUACUUCCUGAAGCUCCCCACCAACCUUGGGAACCUCCAGAGGGUCCGGUUCUUGUGGGACUACGACUGGUCCAUCGUCAACCCCGGCACCUGGUUCAUCUUCUCCAGACCCAAGAUCUGGAUGGACCAGAUUCAGGUCAUGGUGGGAGAAUCACAAAACAGAAUGACCUUCUGCGCCUUCAACAACUACUUUGUGGAAGACGUUUCGUCAGACCUCAGAGUGUGCUGAAGGCGUGGCGAACUACGUCACCGUUGCCAUGGAAACGCUUCUGAUAUGCUGCUU